UUCUUAAGAAGAGGAAAUAGAGCACAAGCACCACCAGAUGUAAUUCUUGAAGAUUAUGAAGACCUUGUUCAGCAUUGGAAUUUACCAAAAACGAGGGAUCUUGCUUUGGUAAACAAGAAUAGUCGUUCCAAGCAAAAAAAUGUACAUACUGGUGGUUCAAAAAACUUUGCUUCGUACGCAGAAGAAAUGGUAACAACGCUUGGGCAUCCUGUAGAGCGUGCAGAGGUAUAUGUAAAACUCCAUCUUCGUAAAGAUGGUACUCCUGUUAACACUGAAGCAGAAAGCAACAUUGAAAAAAUCAACGAACUGUUGAGUGAGUCCUCAAAUCGUGUGCAGUCAUCCGACCUUACUGGAAGUAUUGCAUGGGCACCAGAUGAUGUAUAUGCUCAAGUGUUUGGUAAUAAGUGCAAUGGUCGUGUUCGAGGUGUGGGAUUUGGCCCAACCCCAAGUAUGCAUCCUGCCAAAAGCACUCCUACAAUUGCUCAAGUAAGAAGCCAAGAAAGGGAUGCUAAAGUGAUUCAAUUGGAGAAUCAAGUUGCUUCUUUGACGGAGAAAGUGAAUCGUUAUGAAAACUUGGAGGAGCGAAUGACUCAAUUGAUGCAACUAGUGCAAAAUCAGCAAAAUCAUUCUUCAGAAGCUAGUCAGGCUGGUUUUGGUUUAGAUCAUCAAUCUCCAACUCCUUACAGAUCACAGGCUUCAUCCCAUCAAGAAACUAGCAUAUAGCGGUACUACCUGCAGUGUUUUAAGGACUCCAUGGGCUAUUAGAUAGUUGUUUUGAACAACCACAAUUAUUUUGGAACUAUUGUAUUUUGUUUAUAAUAUAGCCAUAGUUUGGGUGGUUGUCUUUUUUUGGUAUAAGUAGACAAGUGUUCUGUUACAACCACAUUUAUUUUGGAAAUAUUGUACUUUGUUUAAUAUUGUCAUAGUUUAGGUGGUUGUCUUUUUUUUGUAGAUAUACAAGUAUUUUGUUCUAU